CUGAAUUGUGUUUGGGUCAGGAAGAGGAAGGAUGAUGGUUUUCGUUUCUGAACACAGGUGAUGUUUUCUGAGCCAAUCCCAAAGUCAAGACAAGACCUUCUCAUCUCUGAACUAGGAUCUUUCUCGCUGCACUGUACAGUGCUACUCUAACAGGUGAUGAUCACAUAAAAGUUCCUCAAUGGAGGCUGAUACAGUACACAACCCUGGACCAUCAGACCUGCCCAUCCGAGAGCUAGCCUCACCUCUAAAAGGAUGGGAAUGUGAACUGUGUGGCUUCCAGUCCUCUUUCAGAACAAGCCUCAUCAACCAUCAGGCUGUCCAUUCUGAUGCACGGCCAUUUGAAUGCCAGAUGUGUGACUAUGCAGCCAAACGGAAAUAUGAUCUCAAGAAGCAUGUCAUGCUGAAGCAUAGGAGAGAUGAAUCAUUCCUUGGCACCAAUGUGUUUGACCAUUCAUCUCAUCUGGAAAAUAUGAGUGGUGAUAUGUUCAACAUUGGCAGGUCGACAUCACCAUUCCAGGCCCAGGACCAUUGUCAGAUUGAUGUAAGUGCCAGUCAGCAGGUUGAUCAGCUUUCUUCAAGACACAGUAUUUCUCCAUCUGAGAAAAGGGAAAAGUUCGUUUUUUCUCCGAUAGAGAAAAGGGAAAGGUUGCAUCAGAUUGAGGUAAAAUUGGAACCUUCUGAUGUGGAUGAUGAUGAAAGUGUAACCGACACUUACCGAUUCCCAUCUACUAAUCACUUAAAACAAAUGUUGUCUGGAAAAGAGUUUUUGAGUAGGAUUGACAGUCAAGGCUUUAGGGGUGGGAAGCCCAAACAACUGAAAACAACCUUUGUUCUCAAUAAGAAAUCUGAUUUGUUGCAUCCUGGAACUCCUAGUUCUCAACACAACCGAGAUUCCCUCACUACCUCAGUACCUCAGUUGGAACAUAAUCGUUUGAAACGAUCAUUGGAACAAUCAGAAUCAGAAAGUGAUGGCAGCAGACGAAAACACAGACAAGCUUCUUUAUCAUCAAGUGAAACACCUGGAAAGUCCACUGCAGAUGACUUCCCUCAGCAAUUAUGGAAACCGUCCAAUCCAAGUGGUCGUCUGUUUGAAGAGGCCCCCUCCAGCCAAUCAGAGAUUCCAACACAUUCUGAAGUUAGCUGUAGCUCAGUGAAGGAGGACAAGUCAUGUGAGACAAAGAAGUCAUUUUUAUGUGGUUAUUGUACGAUCCUAUAUUUUGACCAUGCCCUUUACCUGAUGCACAUGGGCCUGCAUGGACGGAGGAACCCCUGGAGGUGCUCGGUGUGUGGAGAGGAGUUCGGGGAGAAGUACAGCUUCACUUCUCAUUUCAUCAAUCAGCACAGCCAGGCUGCUUCAGGGGAGUAGCAGGAACAUGUCGGGGACAGAUCUGUGAAGCCACGAUGACGAAAUUGUUAAAGGUCUAUUUCUCCCUUGGAUAACGGUCAUUUACCAUGUUUCUAGGAUCUGCAGAAUCUACAUGUUUGGGCAAAUAUUAGGGAAGUAAUGAUCAUAGCAAUAAUAAUGAUAAUAAGAAUAAGUGCAAAUGUGGAUAACAGUGUUCCUGAACAGGCUGAAAUACAUGUUAAAAUAUAAAUUCAUACAGAGAUGAAAGAAGAUAUCAAUUGUGAUGAUAGUAAUGGGAGGGAAGUGUGGGUGGGGUUAGCCCUGAUAAACAUAUUGAUUAUAAUGCACAAUGAUGAUUAUGAUGAUGACGAUGAUUGUAAUGCACGAUG